UGUGCCCGUGUCUGUGCCUGUGUGUGUCUGUGUCUGUGUCUGUGUGUGAGAGCGGGCGGCGGGCGGGCGCGAGCGAGCGUGGCCGCCGCGGAGCCGAGCAGGACCGGCGGGCGCGCUCCCCAGCUCUCUCCCCGCCAGAACCAUGUCGGGCAGGUCGGUUCGAGCCGAGACCAGGAGCCGGGCCAAAGAUGAUAUCAAGAGGGUCAUGGCGGCUAUCGAGAAAGUGCGCAAAUGGGAGAAGAAGUGGGUGACUGUUGGUGACACAUCCCUGAGGAUCUACAAGUGGGUCCCUGUGACGGAGCCGAAGGUUGAUGAUAAAAACAAGAAUAAGAAGAAAGGCAAAGACGAGAAAUGUGGCUCGGAAGUGACCACUCCGGAGGACAGCUCGUCUCCAGGGAUGAUGGACAUGCACGACGAUAACAGCAACCAGAGCUCCAUAGCGGACGCCUCCCCCAUCAAACAGGAAAACAGCAGCCACUCCAGUCCUGCUCCAGAGCCCAACCCAGCGGUGCCCAGCGAUGGCACCGAAGCCAAGGCAGACGAGGUGCAGGCCGAUGGGAAGGAGCACCCCGGGACUGAAGAUGCUUCUGAGGAGCAGAAUUCACAGCCUUCGAUGGAAAAUUCAAGCAGCUCUGAGAAAGCAGAACGGCAGCCAUCCACAGAGUCGGGGCUGGCAGCAGACACAUCCGCAGUCUCUCAGGAUUUGGAAGGAGUGCCACCCUCUAAAAAGAUGAAGCUGGAAGCUUGUCAACAGAACUCGGAGGAGAUGUAGGCCCUGGGUUGAACCCUCUGGUCCGUGUUCAUCGGCAGGUUUUAUUCUAGAACAACGGUGCCCGAGUGAGUCCUCUUGGGUGCAGACAGAACUACUAACAUUUCAAGUUUACCAAGUGCAAAUCCAAGAAAACCUAGAACGGCGUAACUUCUCAAGACACUGAAGAACUGCUAUGAAGCAGAACACUUGAGCCUCCCGGUGGAGGCAGGUCCACGGCUCAGGAGCGUCCGCACACUGUCUCGGAAGCCAAGAUUCCAUUUGUGUUGCUGCUGUAUCCCCUCCCCGUCUCUAUUUAACGAUAUAAGCUAUGUGAGGGUGGUACCAAUCAGGAAUUCGCUUUUCAUCCGGGGCUUUUCACUGUUCAACCAAUUCCUUCCGCUUUCUUUUUUUGUGCCUUGUGCCCUUGAGGUGACCUCUGGCAUGUUCUCUAGGUUUUUUGCAUCUCUUUUUGCAAAGUGCCCCCUCCUCUUGGUUGAGGCGGCCACUGCCAUAUUCCUCUCCUCUCUCCCUCUCCCCUCCCCCCACUUGUGGUUAGAGCCACAGGGGAGCAGGUGCCCCUCAGCUGGCUUGAUUUCAGAGGGUGGUGCUGGGGCCCACCCUUAGCCCUGGGUGGGGUGAGGCCCAGACCCCAAGGACUGACCUCCUGGGUCCAAGCCAUGCCCUCCUCCCAAGAGGCCCGGGGUAGCCCAGAAGGACACACAAAGCCCUUAGAUUCUGUUCCUGCUUCCCCCACCAUCACCAUCACCCAGCACUGCUUUUUCCCAGGCCUCCGAAGACAAAAUGGCGUCUCUGGCUGACUGUCAGAUGCUGCAGGGCUGGGGCGGCGGAGUGGGCCACAGGGGUGGCUGGUGCUGAACUUCCUCACAGAGACAGAUGCUGGGUGGAUUUCAAAUCCACAGAGACCUGCUGCCCUCACCCCCCCCCCGCCCUCCCCCAGGCAAGAUUGCAUCCGUGCAAGCCCGCUUGCUCCUGGGUCCUGUUCUCAUGCGCUGGGAGCCUCAUUCCCAGCCUUGCCACUUUGUCUCUGUCGGGGAGUGGGCCUUGAUGAUUGGGCCUUAAAGGCCCAAAACCAGGCCCAAAGGAACUGGAAAGAUUUGCACACCCUCCAGAACAGAGCAACCAAUCUUGAUCUCUCCUUCCCCAGCCUUCCGUGGCGGGGAGUCUUGCACCUGAUGGAGACAGACGGCCCUGGACUAACCACUGACUGUUCAGUUCUGAGGCCUGGUUUGCUUUUAAUUAACAUACAGACUCCUCAGACCUUAAGCCUUUUCCUAAGCUUUCUUUACUGCACUGGAGUUCUAACUCCCUUUUGAGUUGUUGUGUUACUGGGGGAGGGGGGUGGGGGUAGAGGGCCUGUGGGUUCUGUUUUUUGUUUUUGUUUUGCUAAUUGGUGCAUAUGCAGGUACCACCUUUGGUGUGUGGCUCUUUCUCUCCCGCUGCCAGGUUCCAUUUUUCUAAGAGUUACUGAGGGUGAAGCUCCUGAUUUUCUUUUUUUUAAUUUUAAAGGGAGCUUAUCUAUUUCCUGCACUUCAAGAAGAAUCAAAAUGUUCCUGAAUUUCAAAUACCUCAUGCGAAAUGUCUCCUGAAAUAAGGGAAAAAAAAAACUUUUGAAAAUCUUAAAUGUUGAAGUUAACAAUGCCGAAAGGUUUUUGUCUUAAAGGAAAAAUACUCCUUGUACUUCUCCACUUUGCCCCUCGGGCGGUCAGUUCUGGGGGGAACUGCUGUGUAUCUUGGCAGAGGAGACACGCGACCUCUGGACAGAUCUCAAGGUCAAGGCGGUUUUACCUCCAGAUCCUAUAGAGCUAGGGCAAUGUUUUUCUUUGCAGUGAAACUCCAUUUUGAUGAAAGAUGAAAUGAGGAUAUUUAUUUCCUUUUUUUUUUUUUUGGAAAAUGAGAAGGUCACAACCCAGACGGCUGGAAGGGAAGCCGACACACCCCUGAGAGCAUGGCCAGGGCCAUCUUCUUCCUGGACUAGCAAGGGGAAGUGGCGCAGUCCAGGACGCGGGUGGUGACUUUCACCGUACCCAGGCUGUCAUUAGUUUUUCUCUGAAGUGCCUGAAGGUAGGAAUGGGCCAGCGGUGGGGACCAGGUGGCCCCAUCCACGGCCGUGCCAGGCAAAGCGCCAGCAGCUGUGCCCUCCACGCUGGCCGGGAAGGCCUUCCACGCGGAAUGGUCAGACUGCAGGAUCCUAUGUGCUUCCUUCCCUGCCGUAGCCCGCUCUCCGGAGCCGCUGCUCCCGCCCUGCCCCUUGCCCACUCCCCUACCACAGAAUCUAAGACCUUUCAGCCAGCCCAGUCAGGGGCGGGGGUCCUAAGCAAUUGCCUUUCGUGGACAGCAGGCCCCGUGGCCUAAAGGGCUCCCAGGGCAAACUUAACCCCCCCCCCCAAAAAAAAAACACACUUGAAAGUGGGGGAGCUGUGGCUACACAUUCCACGAAGUGGCACGUACACCCAUCGCCAGGAAGGCCAGCGGCCACUUCUGCAGGGUGAUGUCAUGGUUUGGAAUGUGCAUUAUCGCCAAGGACCUGGUUAGAGGUAUAGAAGACCUUACUUUCACCGUUCCUUGAUUUGGUUCUUUCCUCUUAAGAUUUUUUUUUUUUUGGCGUGUUGUACAGCAGUAUAAUUUUUCACUUAUUUAUUCCAUCCAGUAGAUAUGGUUUGUACAAUGUACAAUGGUUCCAUUUCGGAGAAUAAAAAAUAAUUCAAAUCA